AUGAUUUUCAUACUUUCGUGUUUGGAAGUGGAUGCUUUUUGUUUAGAUUAUACUCAGUGUGAUGGCUACUACUCUCCAUCAUGUUAUCUUUGCAGCUUACACAUACUAUCAUCAACUGUGCAACUUAUAUGCAAGGAAAUUAUCAGUGGUUCACAUAGACAUCGAAUUUUCUCGUCAGGCUGUGAUUUCAGUAGGAAAUAUAAUUGCAGGUGCUAUAAGGACGCCUUAGAUUUGAAAACCAUCUAUUUUAUUACGGAUGCAAAUUCCAUAGAUCAAUUUCCUUUAAAAACUAGAAAGCGCCAGUAUAAAUCUGCAAUCAAAAGAAAUAUUACCUCAUCACAUUUCAAAAAAUCGAUUGAAAGGGUCGAUUUCAAUAAUCUCUUUCCUGAUUUUGAACAUGAAAAUGACAUAUCACCUACUGAACAUAAUCUUCAUCUUUUUGAUUGUUCAAAGUCUAUAUCAAUUCCUCAUCAACAUGUUCUGUCUCCUAAGCAUUCGAAUUGUUCAAAUAUAGAUGUGUUGAGAAUUUAUUUAACAAAGCAUAUGACUACUGAACUUCCUCAAUUCUGCACAUAUCCUCAUAUAUUGACUAUUCUUUGUCAAUAUAUCAAUAUGAUCCAGUUUAUCAUACAUAUGAAUGAAGAAUAUUCAAUUCAAUACAGUGAUAUAUUAGCAACAUUCAAUAUUAAUAUUUUAACAGAACUAGAAAAUGUCAUUAUUUCGAUUUAUGAAAAGUUUAUUAGGACUAAAGAUAAUUCCCACUUAGUAACUGUGCUAAUAAUUUGUGAAAAUUUAUCGAUUAUAUAUGAUUGUAUAAAAUAUUGUAAACAUUUAAAUCUCCCUCUCAUUAUCAAUAAUAAUAAUCAUAAUAAUUUAUUAUUAAAUUUGAAUAAAUGUUUAAUUCAAUGGUUUAUUUCCAUAGAUUCUAUUCAAUAUUUUUCUUUCAAAAUAACCAUAAUUGAUACACUUGCAUAUCUUAUUCAUAUCAAUCCUCAAUAUUUCUAUAUUGACAAUCAAUGGCAUUAUGAAAUGAAUAAAUUUUUAAUGAAUUUACCAUUUACAAAUGGAUUAUACAUGAAUGAUUGUUCAUCUAAUGUAAAUGAUUAUCAUUGUACUAUGAAUACACAAUAUAAUAAUAAUAAUAAUGAUUAUUAUUAUUGUUAUAUGAGUUUAUUUCAUCAACUUCAUCAAUUAGAUAAACAAUUAUUACAUCAUAAUAAACAAAUAAACAAUCAUCUAAUUGUCAAUAAUGAAUUUCCUUAUUUUAUUGUUUUAUUAGAUUGUUUUAUAUCACAAACAAACAUUACUACAUUACUUGUUAAUAAUAAUAAUAAUAAUAAUAAUAAUAAUAAUAAUGAUAUUACUACUACUAUUAGUAAUAAUCUACCAAGUAUUUACUGUUUAUUAUUAAGAUUUAUGUAUAUAAAUAUCACAUCAAUUUCUUCUACAUAUUUAUUAAAUGAUCAAUAUGUUCAAUGGAUAUUUGAUUUAUUGUUUAAAUUAUAUUACAUAAUAUCACCAUUCAUUUCGAAUCAUUUCAGUACUCCUCCUCCUCCUCCUCCUCUUCCUCUUCCUACUGCUACUACUACUAAUAGUAAUAAUAAUACUAAUAGUAAUAAUAAUAAUUAUUAUUAUUAUUAUGAUAUUAUUUAUUCAUUUUUAAUGAAUUUAAUUAAAAAUGAAAAAUUGAAUUUAUUAAAACAAAUUUUCUAUCAAUUUAUAAAUAAUUCAAAAUUUUCUAGAUUAAAAAUAAAAUUUUUCUCUCAAUUAUUGAAGCAAAUACAAUUACAAUUACAAUUGAAUCUAUCAUAUAAUAAUAAUAAUAAUAAUGAGAGUAAUAAUAAUAAUAAUGAGAAUAAUAUUAGUAUUAUUAUUACUUUAAUGGAUUACAUAAUAAAUGAUGUAAUGAUUCCAAUGAAAGAAAUCAUCACAAUGGAUUUCAAUGAAUAUGAUUUAAUAUUAGAAUGUUUUAUGAAUUUAAUGAGAAUGAGAAUUCAAUCCAUUCAUUAUAUUAUAAAUGAUUCAUUCAUUAAUAUAAAUAAUUGGAAAGUAUACAAUGAUUUCAUGGAUAAUCUGUUGGAUAUAAAUGAUGUGAAUCAUUCAUAUUACUUGUUAAGAUGUUUAGUUAAUAAUAUUUUAACUGUCCAGUUGAAUCGUCCUUCAACAGUCUCCAGUGAUCAUAUUCAAUUAUCGUCAAUACAAGAAUACGAACUAUUACAAAGUCGUUUGAUGUAUUCCACAGCUGGCUUAUUUUUUGAUAUUUUAAAUGAAUCAGAAAAGUUACUACACAAAUCGAAUUCAAAGACUAUUGAAGAAAUCAUAUCAAUUUGGCAAUUAUUAGCUUAUCUUAUAUUAAUCUCUCAUUCAAAUUGGUCAAAUCCACCAAUGAUCAUUCAUUUAAAUCAGAAUUUAUUUCAUCAUUCAUUAAUCAAUGUUCAGAAUUCAAAUAAACAUUCGAAAAAAUCUUUUACUGAACUUGGUAUUUCAUUUAUAAGUAAAGUUAUACAAGUAAAGUUUUAUAUAAAUGAAAACUACAAGGAUCCAAUUACUGAUGUAGUUGAUUUGCGAAAUGUCAAUCAAUUAAGUUCUUUAAUUUUACCGCCAAUGAUUGUUUUACUUGAAAUGAUACCAAAUAUAGCGCCAUUAUUGAAUAAUGGUGAUUCACAUAGUGAUAAUCAUAAUAAGUAUAACAAUUCAAUCGAUCAGUUAUUCACUAUACUAGAAGAUGCUUUUACACAAGUGCAAUUUAUUAGAACAUAUGGUUUUAAUAAUUUUUAUGAGUUCCUAGUACAUUUUAUUCAGUAUACCUUUCAUGAAAAUUCUUUUAUAAACAACAGUACUACUAUUACUACUACUACUGCUACCAAUAAUGAUAAGAUAACAUUAUCUAAUAAAAUGUUCGACGAACGAUCCCGAUCUUCUUCAUCAUUAACUUCUGAGGAAUCGAUAAAUAAAACAUCAAAUACUUGUACGGAUAAUCAAUAUUUUGAUCAAUCAAAUGAUACAAAUCAAAAGGAUACAAUAUACAAGUAUAAUCCACAAUCAGUACGACUAUUAGUGUUUUCAACAAGAUUAUUUAUUCGAUUAACAUUACAUAAUCUAUCGUUAUUCAAUUGUUGUCUACAUACUAAAUUAUCAUUAUCUAUUAUGAAUAAUGUAAAUGUUUCAAUGAAAUGUGAAAAUCAAUUAUGGUCAAAUUGUCUAUCAAUUAUUAUUGCUAAUUAUUUUAGUAUAUUUAAAUCAGACUUACAUGGACCACAUUCAAUGGAGGAUAAAUAUUUACAAAUUAAUAUAAAUCAUUUAAUUGAGGAGAUUUUAAAAUUAAUGACUAAUUUAUCAAAGUGUUCAAUUAUUCGACUAAGCUGUUUAGAUUUAUUACGAUGUUUCAUGAUACCACAAUAUAUUCGACCAAUUCAAUUUUGUACAGACUAUUCACAACCACUUGGUGUAUUAAGUGUGAAAUCUGUAAAACACUUUAUGCAGCUGAUAUUGAAAGAUUUAAGACAAAUACAAAAUAUUGAAGGCAGUAACAGUCUUAACAAAGGUAAUAACCAUAAAUACCAACGCAUUACUACUCAUCAUGAUGAUGACCUUACAGAACAGGAUACGAAGCCUGCUACGCUUCAUGCAAUCAAUAGUAUAUAUCCAUACGUUACAUGUCAAAUGUUCAAUUUACUGAUUGAUUGGAUUCAAACAAAUAAUGUUCUCAUGCCACCCAUAUAUACCAUUUGGCCAAAAUUAUUAAACACUCAUCUCUUAUAUUAUCAACAUGGACACCUACAUUAUCCUAUUCUACAAUGUACUAAUAUGUGCUCUCAUCAUUAUUCUUAUGCGUUAGCAUUUGAAGAUAAUCAAUAUGAAAUUGAUAAUCACCAAAUUUUAUAUCAAAAAUUAUUAAAUUAUAUUUUUCCAUUAUCAACCAUUAUUAAUCACCGGAGUAAUCAAUCAUUUUUGUCUACUUCGUUUAAUUAUACUACUGAUAAUCAUAGUUUAGGAUUGUCGACUUGGUUUUGUUUACAUGGAAAACAAUUAAAUAAUAUGAAGGUUAAACCUAAGUUCAAUCAAUUAUCUGAAGUGGAUCUAUUUCAAUUUGUACAAUUAAAUCAGUUACAACAUUUCAUCAGUUUGGAUAUACUAUCUUCAUUCUUAUGUCACAACAAUCAAUCUGGAUAUCAAUCAUCGAUAAAUACCACAAACACAUUACCACCUUGUUCAACUAAUCGUAGUCACCUCUCACUUCAAAUAUGGAUAUCAUCUAUUUAUUCAUGUAUAUAUAUUCGUAUUGUUGAAAUGUCAAUCAAUAAAGAGAAUACAACAUUAGACUAUAAUGAAACAUCUAUAUCAUUAAAGGGGAAUACAAAUGAAAUUGUAUUGCUUAGUGAUUUAUGCUUAGAUUUUCCUAAAGAAUGUAAUAUUUAUGAUGAAUGGAAUCAUUUAUUUUUAUAUAUUGAAUGGAUAAACUAUUUCAAUGCAAAAGUGUCACUUGUAAUCAAUGGUUGGUUUGAAUCUAUCGGCGAUCUAAUAUUGAUUAACAAAGAGUUUGCCGAUUCACAUAUAAACUGUCAACAUCAGUUUAUGCCUCCUGUGUUGCGUUUUGGUCAUGUAAUUGAUGUAUACUCUUCUUUAGAAUGUAGAAGAAAUACUUUUGAUUUAGGGAAUUUACUUUUGUUUACUGGUUUACCUUCUUGUGUGCAAAAACUUUCUUCAUCAUCUUCUGAUUAUGUCUUCAAAUGCAAAAAGAAAUCUUCAAAACAACAUCAUGAACAAAUGUCACAACAGUCAGACUAUCAAAAUGAAAAUUAUUUUAACAAUUCAAUUAAAGCAAUCGCUUUAUCACUUAGCCUUUUAGGUCCAUUAUUCAAUGGUUAUUUUGAUUCAAUUGAAUCGAGUGCAUACUAUCGAAAUUCAGCUGAUUGUAUACUUCAUGCAUUUAUACGUAGAUAUGCAUUAAAGGAUUCAACAUUGAAAAGUAAUCAUUAUCAUCCUUAUCAUCAUGACUAUGAUUAUAUCAGUCAAUUAUUAAUAAGAGCUCAUUCUUUAAUCCAUUCAGAAUUUUGGUUAAGAUUCUUAAAAACAUACUGUUCAGAGCAUUUAUUCAUCGUUUUGUUGAGUCAUAAUCUAACUUGUGUACAAUUCAUUUUACCAAAAUCUCUAAUAUCAUUCCAUAAAGCUGAAUAUAAUGAAUCGUUAACAACGGAAGUGAACAACGAUAACGUGCAUGACAUAUACUUGUUAAAUUCCAAUGUUAGCCAACAUUACAAAUCAUUUGAUGAAAAUACAAUACAAAUUGAUUAUGCUCAUUCGUCUAAAAAGCGAUUAUGGUUGUUAAGGAGCAUAUAUUCACCUGAUAACAAUCAAUCAAUAUCUCACUAUGUUGACUAUUAUUAUCGGGAAAGUUUUGAUUCAGUUUUUGAACCCCAUGGAGGUAUUGAAGUGGCAAUUUGCCUUCUUGGUGAACUUGUCUGUCAAUCACACAGUUCUAAUUUGAUUUCAUAUGGACUAAAAUUACUCUUUACAAUGUUACAUCAUUCUAGUAUAAUGUAUGCAAAAUUUUAUGCACCAGCAUUAUCGCAUCCUGGUUUAGAGAAUUCAAUGGAAAGACGACAUAAAAAACUAUGGUUAUUUCAAAAUUGUAAUAAUCAGCUAAAUUGUAAACCAGUUCCAUUAAGUUUUGGACAUUGUCUAUUAGCUCGUCUAUUCAAACAUCCAGAAUUUAAUAUGAUCUCAUCUAAAUCAUAUGAAAUUAUGAAAGUUUUACUAAAUGAAAUCAUAUUGACAUUUCCUGUAAAUAUUUUAUGUAAAAAAUCUAUGAACCAUACAUCAUCCAUUGCACAUUUAUUGAUCAAUCCAAGUUUAUUACGCUGUCUUAUCUUAUUCGGUUCACAAUCAUUCUGGUAUCCUUCAUUGAAACAACAACAACAACAACAAUCUGGAUUUGGUACUCAGAAUUCAACUGAUCUUUCUAAAUCAUCAAACAAAUCGAUUUUAUUUAAUUAUGGUUUAAUACCUGGAAUAUUUGAAUUAUUAAUGAAUAUUAAUGAAUUGUCAAAUUCAACUAUAAUCAUUAUCAAAUUAUAUAAUUUGUCUAUAUUAGAUAAAUGGCAAUUAAUUAUGGCAAUGUUGACUGGAUUUCGAGAAUUGUUCGUAGAAAAUGAUAAUCAUCAUUCAAUACAAAGAACAUUAAUGAAUCAUGAACAUUUGAGAUUUAUAACACAGCAGUGGCCAAUUACUUCAUUGAUGAAUUGUCUGAUAAAUCGUCUUUCAUUAUCCGUAGUGACAAAUGGGCCGAGUAAAACUGGAGCAACCUUGGAAUCAAUACAUAGACAGUCAUUGUAUAAUAAUAAUAAUACUGAUUAUAUUCAUUCAUUUUAUUGUGCAAAACGAUUAUGUCUAUUGAAUUUAUGUCGUUUAAUUAUUAAUUUAGAUGCUAAUAUGUAUUUAUCUGCAGCUGAACAAGUAUUUUAUACUAUGUCAGAUUAUAAUAACGAUCAUGAUGAAGAUGAUGAUGAUCCCGAUCAUAAGAGUAAUAUUGAUCAUCAAUUAUUUAUACAUAAUGAUGAGUUAGAAACUAAAGCGUCAACAUCAACAUCACCAUUAUCCAUGUCUACAUCACAAAUAUCAUUAUCAACAUUAGAUAAUGAUUAUUUAUUUUGGCAUAAAAUUACACGAAAGUGUUUAAAUUAUACGGAACGUUUAAAAAUUUGGGAAUACUUAUCAUUUAAUCAUAAUAAAGUGAUAGAUAAUAGUGAUAACAGUACUGAAGGCAAAUGUGAACUUAAUCAAACUUCAUUUGAAAAAAAUUCAUCUAAACUUUUAAUUGGUUCUUCUACAUCAUAUGAUAUAACUCGAAUACAAACACAAAAUUUAAGUAAUACUGAAGAGAAUCAAAUUAAAGCAGCAGAAAUUCAAUCUAAUCACUGUCAAUCAUUGUCAUCAUUAUCAUCAUCUACAUCGAAACAACAACAUCAACAAAAAGAACAAUUGUCAAGUAAUGAAGGAUACCAAUUGAACAUGAUUGAAUCUAUAAAGUAUCCAAUGGUUAUUUCAGAUUCCGGUGUAAGUAUAUCAUCUUUACCGGUUAGUAGUGUUGAUCUAAUAAAUGUAGAAAAGGAUGUAUGUAAUAUGUCUGAAGAUAAUGAAUCUAUUCCUACACAACAUAUUCAAGAAGAAUUAAAUAAUUUCAUUGAAACUGAUUAUACUACUAAUAAAUAUAUAUUAAAUUGUGUUCAAUUACGUAUUGAACAAAAUAGUAUAUUUUCUCAACAUUUAAUUCAUUGUUUAGAUCAUGUUUGGUAUAGACAUUUUCCAAUUGAAUUAUUAUCAAAAGUUUAUUUCAAAGAUAAGCUGAAACGAAAUAUAAUCAAAUUCAAUAACAAUAAUGAGAUGGAUGGAGAGAAGAAGAAGGAGGAGAAGGACGACGUCGACGACGACGACGAGGAGGAGGAGCAGGGGGAUAAACAUCAAGGAUUUAUUCAUGUUUUCACAAAAAAUAUUUCACAUUCAAAUGAUUGGAAUCUAUAUAAAUUGAAAUCAACUUAUCCUUUAUUAUUAGAUCAUAUUAAUAGUAAUUCAUUAAUUGCAUCACAUUGUUCUACUUCAAUUCGACCACCUUUAUGGUUGAUUUAUAGUUUAAUACGACAUCCAUAUUUAUCUCAACGUGAAUGUGCUCUUAUCGGUUACUGUGUUUGGUUACAUUUUGAAGCUAAUAAAUGGAUAAAAAAAUAUGAACAAUUAUCAACAAAUUUCAGUCAAUCUAUUUACUUUGAUUGGUCUAUUCCUGUAACAACAUUACAUCAUCAUCAUCAUCAUCCAACUACUAACACUACUAAUAAUACUACUAAUACUACACAAUUGCAUAGAAUUAUACCAUAUCAAUUAUCAAGAAUACGUUCAUUUGCUAUCGGAUUAUUAUUACCAACAUUACCAUUUCUAUGUAUAACAAAUUGUAAUUCAGAUAUUGAUCUUAAAACUUAUUAUUCUAAUCGUCAUUUAUGUUCUAAAAAAUUAUUAAAUCGUUCAUUCGGUUUAAUUUUACAUGGAUUAGGGAAAUUUUCAUUCAUGAAUUCUAAUGAAAUAAUAAUAAUGAAUGAAUAUUUUCAGAAAACUAAUUGUUUAUUAGAAUCUUCUUCGCAUGAUGUAACUGGAUUUAUCUCUGAACCAACUUACAUUCAUCAUGCUCAUCAUCAGUGUCAUCAUCACCAUCCUAUUAUCUCUGUCGAAUUUGAAAAUAUCAUCAACAAUGCAAAUAAUAAUUCAAAUAUCAGUAAUGCGAGAUAUGAUCAAUUGCCAGCUAAUAAGAAUGCUACUACCACUACUACCAUUACUGCUACUACUACCACUACUACUACUGCUACUACCACUUCUACUACUACUACUACUGCUGCUACUGCUACUACUACCACUACUACUACUACUAAUAGUAAUAAUAAUAACAACCGUUGUAAUAAUCCUAAUUUUCAUAAAUAUUAUCUAUUAUCUACAUUUCCAGUGUUAUUUUCAACAUUGAUUGGUAGUUUCAUUGAUGCAUUAAUAAGCUGUAUUGUUAAAUUAAAAAUAAUUAAUCGUACAAAGUUAAAAUCUGAUCAGAAAGAUAAUAAAGAUGAUCAUCACAAAGGAAAUCAUUGUAGUUCUUCUACGGCUACUAUCAAUAAUGAUGCUGAUGAUGAAACCAGUACACCAGAAAUUGAGUUAUGUACUUAUGGUUUAGAUGCCUUCAUUAUUUUAUUACAGGAUUCAGAUAAUUGUGUUCUUAGUUCAGCUAUCAAAUCUAAUUUAUUACCAGUAUUAUACAAUAUGGCUUGGUUAUUGGAAUUUGGCAUCCAUGAAGCUAAUUCAUUAUUACAUAUGCAUAAUAAUGAUUAUCAUAACACUAAUAGACCAAUGUCUAUUAUUCCAUCUCUCUUAAUGCCUAUUUUCACUAGUUUAAAUCGUUUAAUUGGUCGUGUAAUUAGUUGGAUGAUAAUCGAUGAAAAAUUCAGUAAUGAAUUAAUCCCUUCAUCUUGUCCUGUAUUUCAUUAUUCAUUGGAUACAUCAUUACGAUUUCAAUUGAUAAGAACUUUUCUACAAUAUUUAAUUUCAAUGAAACCUGAUUUAAAUAAUGAAGAUUAUGAUGGUUAUGUUGUAAAUUUGGAAUCAGAAGUACAGUUGAAUCCUGGACCAGUUAGUCGAUGUCUUGUUCGGCGAGUUUUACAUAGUCUUUUAGAAACUUCAAUUAGUCAGUUAGAUCGAAUUGGAGAAGAACUUAACAAAUCAGUAGCCUUUAGUCAACAAAAUAUAGGUAAACAACAAGAAAAUGAUAUACAAACAGCUACUGAAGAUGGGAAUGUUAAGUAUCUUUGUGAAAAUUUAAAAUUACAUUAUAAUCAUUUAGUAUGGAUAUUAAAUUGUACUGUAAAUGUACUGAUUUAUUCACCUUAUCGAGAUGAACAAAUGAUUACUAUCCUGAAUCAGUUAAAUUCAAUGCCUGAAACAUCCAAGCAUAAAAAUACAACCAUUUCUCCAGUUCCUGUAAGAAUACAAAGUUUUCAUGUUGAUUUGGGGGAAGAGAUUGAUGUAGAUCAAAAUAUGAAUCAAGCUUGCACUACUCCUCCUACGCCUAAUCAACAUCAUCAUGAUCUUGGUGAUAGAAAACAAACUUCAUGUGAUCUGUCGAAAUAUUGUUUCCAUCAUGACAACAACAAGAACUCUAGAUGUGAGAUAAUGAUAGAGAGACAUUUGUUAUUUUCAAAGCAUAAGAGUUUAUUUUUAUGCAUGCAUCAAAGUUUGGAACAAGCUAUUAUCACUUCAAUGUUUACUACAGCACAACAUAUUCAGAGUGGUAAUUUACUAAAAAUUCCAAAUAUUUCAAAUUAUAUAACAACGAAUGAUUUUAUGAAUUUAUACAAUAAAGCACUUGGUCGAAUUCUUGUUUCACGUAUACAAUUACCAGAAAUUGAUGUAGCUGUCGAUUUGUUAGUUACCUAUUUAUUAAAACUAUUUAAUGAAGACUCUUAUUUGUUAAAUUCAUGUUUAGCAGCCCUGCCAUCAAUGUAUUCCCCUACAUUUUGGAAUAAUCUAAUCGCUAUAAAAUAUUGGUUACAUCAAAAUCUAUCAAUAUGGUUCACAUAUUUAUCAUCCAAUACAUUAGAUAUUCAUCAUAAUAUAAAUCAUAAUUUAUUAUUCAACUUAACAACUAAUAAUGAAACGAAUAUGAUAUCUAAUUAUUAUAUAAAUCAACAAUUAACUCAACUAUAUACAAUUAUUGAAAUGAUACUUAUCAAUAAUCAUAUUAUCAGUGAUAAAUCAAUACAAAAUUUACCAUCUAUAUUAUUAUCACCUUGGAUACAAGAGAAAUUCAAUCAUGUUACACCAUCUGAAUUGUAUACAUAUCAUGAUAUAAUUAAAAUUAAAUAUAAAAAACUUGGUGAACAAUGGAAAUUAUCACUGCCUGAUUUAAACAAAUUGAUACAUUUAAAAUUAUCUACAAAUAAUAAAAGUGUAUCUAUGGUUCAUGAUAAAAAGUCAAUACUUGUUCAAUUGAUACAAAUGUUUUGGCCAAAAUCAACUAAUAACAAACUAACAAAUAAUGAAAAUCUCUUUUCAUCAUUGAAUGCUUCAUCGAAAAAAUAUUUACCAAGAAAAUUUCCUAUUACACAAUUGUGUAGUCAAGCACGUAAACAAUGCGUUGAUGGUCAUAAUGCAUGGUUAGAUGCUUAUAGUGAACGUAAACGUAUUGUAGGCCCAUUGGGUACUGUACUUUGGGCUCGUGUAGCUGAGCAUUUAAGUCAUAGCAGAGGAUUAUUUUAUCAUUCGGAAUCUACUCCAUUUGGUUGGUGUGUUGAUCCUGUAGAAGAUUCAUUACGUCAACAUGGUCGAUUUUAUUAUACACAUUUACCAAUGGCUGAACGUUUAAUACAUACAACUUCACGAUCGAAUCUAUUAUCCGCGCGUCAAUCACAUCCACUUGCCUCGUUAAUUGGUUUACCAUCAAUCAUGAAUCAUUCUCAACCUGUAAUUGGUGCAGCUUGUACAUGGCAUAAUUUACCAUUAUGUUUACCAUUAUCAUCUAUUCCAUUAAUACAAUUAGCAUCAGCUAGCCGAUAUCAUAUUCAAGCUGUUUGGGCAUGUCGUUUAGUUGGUAUUCUACAUAUUCCACCUAUUGAAGGUGAUUUAAUACUUGGUCAAACAUGGUUAAGAUUUCAACCUGAUCCAUUAAUGAAUAGAAAUUUAUUGAUGAAUGAUGAUUGUAAUAAUAAUGACAGUAAGAAUGUGCAAUUUAUUGAGAUUGAAUCAUUGUAUCCUUAUCAAAGUCCUUCUAAUCGAUUAUGGUUUGCAUGGUCUUUCAAAUCAAUUCAUCAUAUUGAAGCACGUCGAUAUUCAUUACGUGAUAUUGCAGUAGAAAUAUUUCCCGAUGAAACAGAUGUGAAUGCACCAAUGCUUUUUGCUAUGUAUUCUUCUAAAGACAGGGAUAAUUUUAUCGAAACUAUCACUCCUUUAAUUGGUCAUCAUUCAUGUUAUUGUAUUCAUCAUUAUCAUAAUCGAUUAUUAGUGAAUACCGAUGAACAAUCUGCCAUAGCUAAUCCUCUCCCAUCGAUUCAUCAUCAUCAUCAUCAUCAUUGUACUUUUAAACAAUUAAAAAAAUGUAAAUUACAAAAUGUACAACAAGCAUGGUUAAAUGGUGAAUUAUCAAAUUUUGAUUAUUUAAUGAAAUUAAACUCAACUGCUGGUCGAAGUUAUAAUGAUUUAAUGCAAUAUCCUAUAUUUCCAUGGACUAUACGUGAUUAUGAAAGUCUUGUGUUAGACUUAACCCAACCAACUUCAUUUCGACGAUUAGAUCGUCCAAUAGCUGUACAAGAAGACGAUAGAGCUGAAGCUGUAGCAGCACGAUUCAAUGAAGCUGAAUUACUAUCCAAAACAUCAUCUACAUCACAUCCAGAAGCAUCGGGAAUAAAAUCAAAAACGUCUACUUUAUCGAAUUUAAGUAGUGUUUGUCCACCAUAUCAUUAUCCAGCGCAUUGUUCAAAUGAAGCAAUUGUGUUACAUUUUCUUGUUCGUUUACCCCCAUACACUUUUCGUCAUUUACGUUUUCAAGAUAAUAAUUUCGAUGUACCCGAUCGUUUAUUUCAUUCAAUUGCAACAACAUGGCGUUUAGCUACUACUUCUGUUUCAUGUGUUAAAGAAUUAGUACCAGAAUUUUAUUUUCAACCAGAAAUGUUUAUUAAUCGAAGUGGAUUGAAAUUAGGCUGUCGACAACCAGGUGAUAGUGUAGAUAAUGUUGAAUUACCACCUUGGUGUAAAAAUGAUCCGCGUUUAUUCACAUUAAUUUGUCGUGCUGCAUUAGAAAGUGAUUAUGUAUCAAUGAAUUUAUCAUAUUGGAUUGAUUUAUUAUUUGGUUAUAAACAAUCUGGACAAAAUGCUAAAGAUUCUUUGAAUCUAUAUCAUCCAUAUACAUAUUUUGGCUCAAUCAAUGUGGAUACAAUAGACGAUCCUAUUUUAGCACAAGCUAUUGAAGGUAUGAUUAAUAAUUAUGGUCAAACACCGAAACAAUUAUUUCACAAACAUCCUCAUCCAUGUCGUAAAUUGCCGAUUUCUAAUGAAGCCAGACUGAAUAUGACGUCAAAAUUUAAAAGUAAAUCCACUGGUACAAUGUAUAAUAUGACGAGUCAAGAGGACGUUGGAGAUAGACGUUCUUCUACACCCGCAUUAUUUAACUGUAAAUAUAUCAAUGAUGACGAUAAGAAUUCAUUACAAGCGGCAACGUUUUCUGUGAGUGGAAAGCAAUACUCAUCAGUUAAACUGGACAACACACCAUUAGAAACUGUGAUUGGAUUAAAAUGGGGUGAAUGGGCAGGUAGUCCACAGGUGAACUCUUUUGAAAUAAUUUGGAAGAAACAGUUCAUCAAUACAAAGUUAUCAGUAUCGAGAAGUACAAAGAAUUCACUGGAACAUUCUGAAAUAUUAAAAAUACCAUUUCUUAGUCAUUUAACCGGUUCUAUAUGGUGUGAAUUCAAUACGAAAGAUACUCAUUUACUUCAUUGUAUGAAUCAACUUAACAAUAUCUCUUCAAUAAAUAAUGAUAAAUUAUAUCAUUCUUGGAAUGGUUGGGUUGAUUUCAACAUUGAUCAUGAAAUAGGUGAAUGUUUCUUGUCAUCAUCAUCAUCGUUCACAACAGAUGUUCAUACUGAUUGUUCAUGGUAUUGGAAAAUUCUUCACUGUGAAUCAAAUGCAUGUAUAUGGGUAUCGUUAUUACUAGACAUUAGUAAUUUACAAGAUCAAUUGUAUCCUGUACCAUAUUUAAUAAAAUUGAAACCAUCUUUACUAGACAAUAGAACUUUAAAUAUUUUUAUAAAACGUUUACCCAAAGAAUCAUAUAGUACUUGUAAUGCUUCUUCUAAUUAUCCUUAUGACGAACCUUUUGGAACUACUGAUUCCUCUCCAUCAGAACUACAUCGUCAUCAUCAUCAACAUAAUGAUGAGAUAAACUUACAAUUACCAUAUUCAAAUCCUCUUCCAUUCGAUACUGGAAAAUCUUUAAUUACUUCAUUAGCUAUUUCACCUAGUUCAAGUCAUGGUAUUCAAUUAUUUGUUGGUACCUGUUUUGGAUCAAUAUAUGUAAGACAAUUGCCUACAAAUUUAUAUGAUAUUUCAUCCAUUGACAGUUGGUUACCACAAGAUUAUCAAGGAGAAUCAUCAUUAAAUGAAGAUAAACCAAAUUGUACAGCAAAUAUUCAUAAACGAUCAAGAAAAGAAUCAACAAAACGAAACAUGAAACAUUCAAAACUGACUAUUACUACUACUACUACCCCGAUGAAUCCUACUCAAACUCUUAAUCAUUCUAUUCAUGAUGAGAAUAAUAAUAAUAAAGAAACCGCUGGUUUAUGGGAAAUUACCGGUUGGAAACAAUUAUAUGGUCAUGCUGGACAUGAAAUCACUAGUUUAGUAAUUAAUCGUAAUAAUAGUUUAAUUGCUAGUGGUGAUAAUCAAGGUUAUGUAUGUUUAUGGGAUAGAUAUCGUUUAACAUUAAUUAAAACAAUUAAUACUAAUAUUAUUAAUGAUCAUGAUUAUCAACAAAAUGAAUUCGGUGAUAGUUCAAAUAGUAGUCAAAGUCAUAGUAUCACUACUACUAAUACCGGUCAGGAUUACCAUAGCAUUCAUGAUUUGAAACAACCCCGUAGACGAUAUUCCUCUAAUCAUCUUACUGUGGAGAAUUCCAUACAUAAAAGUAAUGAAGAUAUACAAAUGAAGAAAAAGAAGUCUAUUUUAAGUAGUAGUAGUAGUAGUAGUAGCAGUAGUACUUCAACAGCUGAGUUUAUAAAUAUCAAUGAUGAUUCAGUAUUAUUGAAUAAUUUUAAACGUAUUGAUGGAAUAUGCUUCAAUUUAACAUCCGGUGAAUUAGUUGUAGCCAAAUGGAAUCAUCCUAAUUUUAAUGUCUGUUGGCUUGGUUUAUAUUCUUGUUCUGGAGUUUGGAUAGCUAAUCGUAUUUUAGAUUUUCUAGCUGAAAUCAAUGAUCCAUUAAUAGAUUCACUUUUAUUACAAAUCUAUGAUGAUAAUUAUCAUCCUUUAGUUCCUAUGGCAUUUUCAACUGUAUCUGAAGGUCGAGGUGUGAAUUGUUUAUUAGUUGGUGGUCCAGGUGGUCGAUUAGUUUGGUUAAAUUCAUGGACAUUGGAUACAAUAAGAACAUAUAUGCUCCCAGAUAAUGAUGAAAAUGCACGUAUAACAUCAGUUUGCUUCGGACCAUUGUUGAAUACUACUACUACUACUACUACUACUACUACUACUACUACUACUACUACUACUAAUAAUAAUAAUAAUAAUAAUAAUAAUAAUAAUAAUAAUAAUAAUAAUAAUGUGAAUUAUCAUACAAAUUCAAAAGAUUUAGGUGAAAUUUUAUGUCAAGGUUUAUAUGUAACUGUUCAAACAGGUUGUUUAUAUCAUUUUGGUCCUAAAUCUAUACAAACAUGUCCUACUAUAGAUCAAUUAAAUAAUGAUAACUAUUCAUUUUAUUCAACUAAUGAACUGCAUAAACAUUCUAUUGUACAUUGGUUAGAUACAUAA